AUGGCCAAGGUGCCUGACCAUGAAAUAAACAUCGGUGAAAGCACUGCGUAUACAGAUCCUGAGGGCGAAAGGUCUUAUGUCAGGAAAAUUGAUUUCAUUGUGCUUCCAACGCUUUGCUUGAUGUACUUUUUUGACUGCAUGGAUCGGAGCAAUUUGGCAAAUGCGAAGACAGAUGGCCUAGAAAAGGAUUUGCAUUUGAAGGGAAAUGACUAUUCUAUAUUGAUUCUCCUCUUCUACAUCCCAUUUGGGUUGUUCGAUCUUCCAUGGAAUCUGCUGAUCAAGAGAUUUUCAGGCAGAAUUAUGCUGUCUAUUAUGUCUAUUGUGUGGGGAGUUCUAGCACUCUGCCAAUGCGCCGCUAAGGACUUCGGUUCUCUACUUGCGAUUCGCAUAAUCUUGGGUGUUUUUGAAGCUGGUUUCUUUGCCGGAGCUACCUUCUACCUCACGUUGUUCUAUACGCGCGGUGAGAUGGGAUUCCGCCUGGCGAUCAUACAGUCAUUCGCAGUUUUGGCGUCUGCCUUUAGUGGACUUAUUUCCUUUGGAGCUUUCCAGAUAAACGACCCAAAAGUCAAAGGGUGGCAGUGGUUGUUUAUUAUCGAGGGAUCAAUAACGCUAGUCACCGGGGCUGUUGCAUUCUUCCUGCUACCAGAUGGGGCACAGAAAGCCUGGUUUUUGACUGACAGAGAAAGGGCGGCAGCGACAGCACGUCUGCUUCGGGAUACCUCAUCGGAGGUGAAUACGCCAUUCAAUUUCAAGGAUUGCUUUGAGUCAUGGAACGACUGGAAAUUUCCAGUGUGGUGUCUGAUUACGUUCACUUACCCUGUUGCCUAUGCCACUGCGAUGAAUUUCUUCCCGUUGAUUGUUCAACGGUUGGGAUACUCCGUCAUCAAGACUAAUCUCUGGACGGUGGCGCCAAAUCUCGUCGGAGCAGUAUUCCUGCUAUGCGUGGCCAAGUCAUCCGACUAUUUCCGCGAAAGAACGCUCCAUAUUGUCUUUUCAUUGACUGUUUCAUUGGUCGGAAUGAUUAUAUUAAUUGCUAUUGACGUUCAGAACAACAAGGGGAUAGCCUACUUCGCCUGUUUCCUGAUGGCAGCAGGAUCAUAUAUUCCAUCGUGUCUCGUCCAUGCAUGGCACAACAAUAACAACGUACACGAAAACUCCCGAGCUGCCAACACGGGCUUUUUUGUAGGACUGGGCAAUUUCGCUGGAGUAUUGAGCGCUGGCACAUUCCGAACUCAAUAUGCACCAAAGUAUCUACCAACUCUCAUCGCAACUUGUUGUUGCAAUGCAGUCUGCAUUGUCCUUGUUCUUGGGUUGGGAGGCUGGAUGCGUAUGGAGAAUCACCGCCGAGAUAGCAAACAGGGACUAAGACUGAGAGAUGAUCAGACUGAUACUAGUCAGUUCAAGGAGGGCGAAAAGAGUCCAGAGUGGAGGUAUUUCCCUUGA